GGAGGGGGAGUGAGAGAGGGAGAGGAGAGAGAGGGAGGGGAGAGAGGGGGGUGAGAGAGAGAGAGGAGGGACUGCCUGACACUGGGAUUUGGUGGGACAGGAACAACGAGUGGAGUGAGCAGACUGAUUCAUUGGCCCUGUUUCGAUGCACAAGUUAAAGUGAGCGUUUCUCUGGAAGGGUUGGAGGGUGAUCUGGUGCAGUUCGGCACACACUGGGACUGCGGGGGAGACGGGAGAGUUGCCUGAUCCGAGGGAGGUGCCGUUUUCAGAUUGAAUGGGUGGACUCCUGUGACACUCCUGCUGCUUCUGCUGUGUGCCUUGGGCAGCCAUGACCUCCACCCUGUUUGACCCAAACCUGGUGGACACGGGGCAGGAAGCCCCUGACCCUCACCCUUGUGACCUGCAAGCGGAAAGGGAAUAUCAGCUGAUUCCAUCCAUCAUUUGUGCCAUGUGCUGCCUCUUUGGGAUCAUCUACUGCUUCUUUGGUUACCGCUGUUUCAAGGCGGUCAUGUUCCUGUGUGGCCUGAUGUUUGGCUCCAUCAUCAUCUUUCUACUGUGCUACAAGGAGCGGGUGCUGGACAUUGAGCUGAGCGUGGAGGCGAGCGCAGGCAUCGGGCUGGGCAUCGGUAUCCUGUGCGGCCUGGUCACCAUGCUGGUGCGCAGUGUGGGCCUCUUCAUGAUUGGCCUGGUGCUGGGCCUGCUGCUGGCCACCGUCACCCUGGUGCUGAUGGAACAGUUCUACCACCCACACACCAUCUGGGUGCCGCUGGGCCUGCUCAUCGGAGUCGGCAUGCUGUUUGCCGUACUCACCUUGCAGUGGCAGAAGCUGUUCACCAUCAUCUCCACCGCCGUCUUUGGAGGUGCCAUCAUCACCCUGACUGUGGACUAUUUCAUCGAGCUGCUGCUCCUGGCACAGUACGUCUACGAGAGGCUGAAGAUCACCCCCUCGAUUCCCAUUUGCUGGUACAGCUGGGCCAUCUUGGGCAUCUGGCCGCUGAUGAGCAUUCUGGGCAUCAUCGUCCAGUGGAAGCUGACCGCAGAAGGCUUCUCACACACUGAGGUUAUCAUCAGUAAACGGCAGAAGCGGGUGCAGCUGAUGAGAAUACGACAGAAGGAAGCCAAGAAUCGCCGGCGAACUGCCCAGGCCGAGGGCACGUACCGCAGGAAGCCGUACCCGGUCAAACGCUACGCUGGAGACAUCCUCUCACCGAGCUACAUCCAGAGUAUUCGGGACCGGCAGACGGGAACGUCGAUGAGCAGCUUGAACACGAACAUUCACACCAUCGUGGAUUUGGAUUACGACUGUGGGUCGACGGUGCCGCUCACGGCCACCACACCAGUGGCCACGGCCUGAGCUGUGCGCCAUCACGUGGCCAGCGCCGCCCGCGCGAGCGAGCGAACAGCCGCCGUUCGUGCACCCUAGCAGUGACUUGUAGAACAAGAUGUCCACACACCAUGGUCUGUGUGUGUGUGCGCGUCUCUUUCUCUGUCUCUCUCCGUCUCUCUAUCUCUCUCUCUCCUCCCGAAUUCCAGGAACAAUGAGGCUGUGUGUCCAACCCCCCCCUUCUCCCCCUCUCUCGUCGUCUGCUUUGUUGCGUUCGUGGCUUCACUGAGGGACCGUACAGGCGAGAAGGAACGACAUACGACAUCUCGGACCAAGUAGCCAGCGCAGAGCACGGUGCCAGCUCCACGCACCUCAACCGCGAGCGAGGGAGAUGGAUUGUCGGGCAGAACGAUCGUGGGCAGCUCGCCUGAGAAAUGGCGGACUUUGCCCCCCCCCCUGUGGCACGUACCCCGACGGCUCGUGCUUUGCUGUUCCUUCUGAACGUGCCGCUUCAUGUGCGGCCCAUAUUCCCGCUCAUCCUUUAAACCCGGGAGGACUCGAAUUCCCUUCUCAGCCUGUGCUCCAGUUUCAAUCAGUCAUCGUUCAGUACUAUUUACCUUAAAGCAUCAGAUUGUCUCACCGUUAAAGCUGUAAACUAAACCUGCCCUUUUCUAUAUAAUCCAAUUUAAAUGUUCAACAUUAAAAAUAUACUGCCCUUUCAUUCUUGA